AACUCUUACUAUGCAAAUAUGUCAGCCAUAUAGCUAAGUGAAAUCAACUAAUAAAUAAGCAAUUAAGAUUAAUUUCCUCAGUCAGGUCGAAGAAAGUACCGGACAGCAAUCGACCACAGCGUCGCACCAAAGAAGCAUUGUCAAUCCGGUCGCUUGGAAACAAGUUUGCCGCAUUUACGAAUAUAUUAACACAACCCGAAGUACUUCCUUGUCAGUUACGAAACGUCGUCGACCGCCACGGCAAUGAUCAAGUACGCGUGUGUCGCCACAGUGCUUCUGUUCUCUUUCCUGGUGCAUCGAGGGUCUGCGGAUGACGUCGAGGUGAGCCAACAGUGCCUUUCCUGCAUCUGCGAGGCCAUAUCGAGCUGCAACGUGACCGCCGGCUGCACGGGCAACGUGUGCGGCGCCUUCAGGCUGUCCUGGGGCUACUGGGCGGACGCGGGCAAGCCGACGCUCAGCGACGACAACCCCGAGGCGGCCGAGGCGUACAAGAACUGCGCCCUGGACGCGAACUGCGCGUCGGCCACGGUGCAGGGGUACAUGAACAAGUUCCAGCAGGACUGCAACGGCGACGGGAAAGUGGACUGCGACGAUUACGCCCUGAUCCACAUAGUGGGGGGCUAUGGGUGUGUUGGGGCCUCGUUGCCAGAUGCGCACGGGAAGCGCUACAAACAGUGCAAGGAUAUUUUGAAGUUUUGAUGUGAUGAUCGAAAUGGCGUAACUGCAAAUAAACGACGCUGUAAUUGGUGUGGAA